AUGGCUGCACCACUAUCAACCCGUCAGCCAAAGACAUCCCCUGACGAACCUCCAGCUGGAGCCGGAGCCGAAGCCGAAGCUGAGGCCGAUGUCGAAUUUGAGCCAUUCGCACCACUCGCCAGAUCCUCCACCCUUCCCAUCAACAUUCGCGCUGUCGCUUCCGUACCCUCCUUCAGCUCGAGGACGCGGACCCAUCGCCAGGAACGGUCCCACCUAGCCCCCGAAGAUGCCUUCUUCACGGGGCCCUCACCACCUCGCCGCAACCUGCACAGCGGCGUCUUCCCGCCGUUCGAGGGUGCCCAUGCUUCUCGGCCCGGCAGCGGCAGCCGGAGUCGGAGCCGCCACCACCAUCGCAGCAGCAAGCACCGCACCUGGAAGAAGCUCCUCUGGGUGAAGCAAUCCUACCCGGACAACUACACUGACCAGGUCACCUUCUUGGAGAACCUCAAGCGAAACCCCCGGUUGCAGCCCUACGACUUUUGGCCCCUCGUCGCCGAUUCGACCGUCAUCCUCCAGCACGUGUGUUCCGUCAUCAUCUUCGUCGUCUGCUUCAGCGGCAUCCUCCAGAAGCGCGUCUCGCCCAUGGCUGUCGUGUCUUGGAGCAGCAUCGCCUCCUUCGUCGGCUGGCGCCUGUGGGAGCAGUGGGACGCCGACGAGGCUGAUGCCGCCAUUGACCUGACCCCCGGCUCGUCCACCAGCCUGACUGCCAGCCGCCCCGGUGCCAUCGGGCGCCGUGGUGGGAGCAUGCGCCAUCGGCCCUCCUUGCCGCCACCGGCCCCUUCACUGCCGGCUUCGACGCGGCCCUCGUCCGCCAUCCCUUCGGCCACCAGUUCCGUGACCAACUUGUCUGCCCAGAGUUACGCGCGUACUUCCUACUCCGCCUCGGCCACCUCCCUCCACUCAGCCACCUCGACAUCAGUCCCUUCAUCGUACAAGCCGAUGCAGGAGCACACAUCGACAGUGUCAUCGUCAUCAUCACCACCACCACCACCGCUGCAAGAAGAUGACCAGACGACGAAUGUCAUGCACCAACGCAUCGGCACCCUCAAGUCCGCCAUCCUCAUCUCCAGCACACUCCUCGGCCUCUCUCCCAUCCUCAUGUCCCUGACCCUCUCCACAACCUCCGACUCGAUCUACGCCAUGUCCUUCUGGCUCCUCGCCGUCAACAUAUUCUCCUUCGACUACUCGACCGCCCCCUCGGCCUCCUCCCCACGCACCCCCGCCUCCCUCUCCACGAACGCCGCCCUCAUGGCCUCCACCGUCCUCGCCUCCCGCCUCCCCUCCACCGGCCAGGUCUUCUCCCUGACCCUCUUCUCCAUCGAGGUCUUUGGUCUCUUCCCCGUCUUCCGCCGCAGCGCCCGCCACCGCUCCCCGGCCUACCACUACGCCCUUUCCUCCCUCCUCGUGCUGGGCGCCGGUGCCGGCGUCGCCAUCGUCAUUGGCGAGCCCGCGCCCUCCUUUCCUUGGCAGCGCGCCGUCGCCGGCAUGGUCGUCAGCGUCUUGAUUUCGGCCCUCGUCAUGGGCGGGUGCAGCUGGUGGCUCAUUGGGCUGCAAAAGUACAAGAAUGAAAUCUACGGGCCGUGGGAUCCCGCGAGGCCCGUCAUCAUGAGUAGGCGGCAGUGGGACUAG